AUGUUUCCUUUAAAUUUGUACUCUAAAUAAUAUAAUAAUUUAUUGUUAAACAAAAAAUGUAAAUUUUCGUCAAAACUGCAGUUUACGAACAUCUAUGUACAGUAAUUUGAUACUUUACCAGCUAACUUGACUUUAACAAACUAGCAUUAGCAACGCUGACUAGCAUCACAGCUACUUGGUUAGCUAUAAUUGCAGCCUAAUUAUGGGUCAAGAUAAGCUGGCAGUGGAGAGGACGUAGUUUUCUGCUCGCCCCCCUCCUCAUCCGCUCCUCGGCAGCUUGACGCUGCUCGGACGAGAUGAAGAGGGGAGAGAGGCGCUCCAGCAGCGGACCGGAGAGAGCGCGGUGAGGAAACCCAGCAGCCCCAAGAGAGUGAGCCCGGCUGGACCCCGGAGGAGGACCCCGGAGAGAGCCACGCUGCCACGGGAGAGGCCUCCGUUCAGGGCUGCAGUAUGUUCACUUCAGUGAAGGCCUUUGAGGGGCAGCAGUACUCCACCCUAAAGAGGCAGUGCUUGCAGAGUGGCCUGCUCUUUGAGGACCCCCGCUUCCCGGCCACAGACGACUCCCUUUUCCACCAAGGCAACAGAAUUGGACGUGUGGUCUGGAAGAGACCUCGGGAGCUGUGUGAGGACCCUCAUCUGUUUGUAGAUGGCAUUAGUGCACAUGACCUCCACCAGGGACAGCUGGGCAACUGCUGGUUUGUGGCGGCAUGCUCCAGUCUGGCCUCCAGAGAGUCUCUGUGGCAAAAGGUCAUUCCGGACUGGAAGGAGCAGGAGUGGGACACGGAGAAACCUGAUUCGUACGCCGGGAUUUUCCACUUUCGCUUCUGGCGCUUUGGAGAGUGGGUGGAUGUUGUGAUUGAUGACCGGCUACCGACAGUGGACAACCAGCUGGUGUACUGCCACUCCAAUGACAGCAAUGAGUUCUGGAGUGCCCUGGUUGAGAAGGCCUAUGCUAAGGUUUACGGCUGCUACGAGGCCUUGGACGGGGGAAACACGGCCGAUGCGCUGGUGGACUUCACCGGCGGCGUCUCAGAGCCCGUGGACCUACUCGAGGGUCAGAUGGCUACCGACGAAGUGGCCCGAAACCAGCUGUUCGAAAGGGUCCUCAAAGUCCACAACAGGGACGGCCUCAUCAGCUGCUCCAUCAGGGCGACCACCAUAGAGGACAUGGAGGCUCGACUGGACUGCGGACUGGUGAAGGGCCAUGCCUACGCGGUGACGGAUGUCCGGAAAGUGCGGCUAGGCCACGGACUGUUGGCAUUUUUCAAAUCAGAGAAGCUGCACAUGAUCCGCAUGAGGAACCCCUGGGGAGAGAAGGAGUGGAGCGGCCCUUGGAGUGACAGUUCAGAGGAGUGGAACAAGGUGAGCAAAAGCGAGAGAGAGAAGCUGGGCGUCACCGUGCAGGACGAUGGCGAGUUCUGGAUGACAUUUGACGACUUCUGUCAGUACUUCACUGACCUGAUCCUGUGCCGCCUCAUUAACACCUCCUACCUGAGCAUCCAUAAAACCUGGGAGGAGGAGGUGAUGAGGGGCUCCUGGGUCCACCGCCAGGACCCCCUCCGCAACCGAUCUGGGGGCUGCAUCAACCACAAGGCCACCUUCCUGCAGAACCCCCAGUAUGUGUUCGAUGUGAAGAAGGUGGAGGACGAGGUUCUGAUCUGUUUACAGCAGAAAGAAAAGAGAGCCACACCCAAAGAGGGCAAAGGGGAAAACCUCGCCAUAGGCUUUGAUAUCCACAGGGUGGAGCUAAACCGGAAGUAUCGUAUGCACUCAGCCCAGCAGAAAGUAGCGGGCUCAAUCUACAUCAACUCCCGCUGCGUGUUCCUCAGGAAGGAGCUGAAGGAGGGCCGCUACGUUAUCAUUCCCACGACCUUUGACCCCGGGCAGCAGGGCGACUUCCUGCUUCGUGUCUUCACUGAUGUGCCUUCAGAUUGCAAAGAGCUGACUCUGGAUGAGCCUCCUCAGACGUGUUGGACGGGGAUGUGUGGCUACCCUCAGCUGGUCUCUCAGGUCCAUGUACUGAACGCUGAGGGUCUGCAGGGACAGGACUCCAACGGAGCUGUAGAUCCCUACGUGAUCAUCACCUGUGACGGAGAGAGGGUUCGUUCGCCCGUUCACAAGGACACGCGGUGCCCGAACUUUGACAUCAAAGGCUUAUUCUACCGCAAGAAACCCAAGGAGGGCAUCCACAUUGAGAUCUACAACAAGAACAUGAUCAUGGACACCUUCCUGGGUCAGGUGAUACUGUUCAGCGACCCCAACGAGCGCCAGGAGCAGCACACGCUCCACCUCCGCGACAAGGGCAACCGCCAGGACAACGACCUUCCAGGCACGCUCACUGUGCGCCUCAUCACCUCCACAAUCCUCACCCACAUCUGAUGCAAACCUGUAGAGGGUCACGAUCCACGCCGAGCGCGGCGUUCAGGCUAGGUCGCCGUUCAUCAUUCAAGCUCACUGUCUCCUUUUUCCCCACUCUUACGUCUCUUUUUCAUCCACUUCAGGUUUUAAACCUCAUUUGUUGGUUCGUGAAGGCUUUAAAGAGUCGUUCUGUUAAAAAAAAAGUAUUUAAGGAUUUUAUUGCCUCUUUAACUACAUUCCUGCCGACAUUGUCUAUUUAGUGUUUGCCUAACAUUUAUUCUUUAAAUACAUUUGCUUUUCUAGGUUUUGUAGCUAGAGUCUCCAAAUCAGCAGACAUGACACCAAUGAGUCACAGCUGAACUUAUUACCUGAUCAGUUACGCUUUGGGCGGAUAUUGGCAGUUUAUCUACUUUACGAAUCAGUUUAAUUUCUCCAUAUUACAAUAUUCACACACAUACAUGCACCUACAACACACAUGUAGACCUUUCUGCACUCGCCAUGCAUGUGCCAAUGUUCCCAAGGGCUAUGCAUUGCCUUAAGGCUGAGUCUGUCUCUCCACCUUGAUGAGACGGGGGAGGGGCGGGUUUUUAUGUUAGGUACUCCAUCUUCUCCAUCGGCGACAGCCUCCACCUGUGUUCCCUAAAAUGCUUGAAAUAAGCAUCACAUCCCAUUUUCGUCCUCUACUAUGAACUGUCAUAAUGAAUACUCUUACUUUUAUAUGUGUGGAUGACCCCCCCCCCCCCCCCCCCCAGUCGGCCCACCCAGACACCUCAAGUCUUCACCAGUUUGCCGGUGCUUUGGAGAGCAUGCAGCACUGUCUGUGACUUUUUCCUGUGGACUUUACAAACGAAAGCCAACAGCAGCUAAUCAUUGCCUCUCCUGAAAGCUUUUCCUGUGUUGUUUUUUAUUUUUUUUUUUCUGUCAGCGCGGUCGUGUGAAUUUUUGCCUCUCGUCUUCCACCAUCGGUACUGUUUGACACUCCUUGGGACACUUUGUGCCGGUUGCUAUGGACGAUCUUCAAGCUGCAUGGCUUUUUACGAAAACUAAACUCUGCCUGUGCUGCACAUCUCUGUAGUCGUAGCUUAGCAGCCGGUGCGUUCGACAGUGUUACCUUUUACUCCUGUGAUUCCUCCAUGUGUGCACAUUUCAAGUCAAGGGGAGUGCAAAGAUUCACCCCAACAUAAAUUAAGUGCUUUAAGGGACCAAAACUGAGCCAGGCCCUUUGCUCUCUUAGUCCCUUAUGAGCUGGCCUGACCAGGCCUGGCCCAGGCCCACCUAUAAACCACCACCCCCUGUGCCACAUCGUCUCUUAAUGGCAACACCACUGCCUGACGCUUCCUCUGACUUGAGUCUGUUGGUCCCGGCCAAAGAUUCAUGCCACGUGACCCCAAGAGACAGCAGCCGUGCUCCUGCUGUUGGCACAGAACAGGCAUUAGUGGGUUUGUGUAUGCAUGAGUGUGAGCGUGUGUGAGUUUGGAUGGUGUUCAAAGUGGGAGUGCCUGGGAAUGCUUGGGUGAUUGUGUGUUUGUCUGUUGAUCCUUGUUGAAUCUGGAGGAAAAUUAUGAGUAAAGGUGUGGACUGAAAGGAAAUGAGCCCUUUAGGGAGAACACACCUGGCACUUUAUUCCAAUUUAAAUGGUAGUAAAAAAAGCAAAAGAUCUUUAAGGAUGAGCGGAGGAGACAUCCUGCCAAACAACCUGUGCCAUCGCCUCGGUCCCGGCUCCGCAGCAGGAAGACUAUGUCGACCCUGGGACGAGCUGCUGAGCAGAUGCAGAGGACUUCCAGAUGGCUUUUGCACGUUGAACCAACACUGGUACAAUGUAAUCUGUGUCUGAUGAGCUGUGGCAUUUAUUGCGUAGACCCUGUUGCCAUCCAGUUUUGACCUUUCAGCACAUAGUGAGCGUUUGGUGAAGAGACUUCGCAGCUUGUGUGGAUUACUUACACUAUUUAUAUUUUAAGAAGUGCAAUAUCAUGGAAAAGAGUUAUCAUUCCAGGUUUUAUUGACUUUGUCUUUGUCUCCCUGUGUCAAAACAUUUUUAAAAUGUAAGUUACAGUCAUUAUACAAUUCCUUUGAAUGUAAGACAGAUAGUUAGUGGUCUUAAUAUCAGACAAACUAAGUCUGUGUUUCCUGUUUUGUUUUGUUUUGUUUUUAUAUGUCUUCUUCCAUUACUUGAACUGUCACAUAUGGCAUUUAAUUGAUCACACACCUUUGUGUACAGCAUCUUUAUAACUGUGUCUUGCAUGACGUUCUUUUCCAAUAUGUUCAUGGCCUUGUAUUGUACUGUUGAAUUGUUACUCUCUAUAUAUUUAUUCUUUCUAUCUAUCUCCAAAGUCUUGGAAAUGCUAGUGUUGAGCAGUCAGCAUGUCUACACUAAAUGCACCACACCAGUCUAAUCAUAUCAGCCAGUUUGAAACAGUUACAUCUUGUAGGCGACGCGUUCAUAAUCUGCCUUUAGAACCUGUAAACAUUAGCAGCAGUUGUUAACUACUAUUUUAGGUGCUAUUUAUCUUCUCUGUGCUCUUUUGUGUUGUUGGUUUUUCACAGUGCAGCCAAUGAGGGUUAGGCAACGUACAGCGAAACCUGCAGCAUUAGCUUGCAGCCAGCCAGUGUGAGGAGAUAGUGCCAAGCAGAGGUGUUUGACCGCGGUAGCAUGUGCCUGGAUUGCUGCUGGUUUUUAUUUGCAGACAGAAACCGUUCUCUCCCCCUCGCUAAGCACAGUUGAAGUGCCCUUGUGCAAGGCAGUGAAGUCCUAACUCCUCCAGUGGAGAAUCCAAAUAGUCAGCGAUUGGCCAUAACUGGCCAUAAUCCUCCCUGGCCAGUAGUAGUUACCAAAUCAGUUUGUACUGGUUGAACGGGGUUUACUGGAGGUCUCAUAGCGAGGCUUCACUUGCCAAAGUCAUAGGUAGUUACAUGAAUUUACUGAAAUUGACAAUUCAGGGUUGGCACUGGCUCCAAUUUGUGCCUCUCAUGCAUCACCAUUACGCGUGUGUUACAGACAUACAGUAAGCAUUAAACUGUCCAGGAAACAAAUGCAAAAGGUGUUUCCAGAAUCUCAAAGGUUCUGAUGAAAACCAUUGUAAUCAGCUUUUUCUGAGUUUCUUAACUUAGUCUCCCCAAUCUGUGUAGUACCUGGUUACCAUGUACUUGUUUUGUGCUUGCGGACUGUAAAAUCUGUAAAAUAACAACCCACAACAUAACAAUUCAGUUUAACUAAUUGGACUGUUAAAGACCCAGUUAACAACUUAAUAUUAUAAACACUAGUAUUUGGGCAAAUAACCACUGGAUGGCACUUUCAUGAAUGCAGUAUCUAAUCUGCAGUGUUUAAAGUGCCAUUUGUGUAGAUAUAGAACUGUAGACGAGUGUUUGUUUUGUAUAUUUUGAGUGGAUCAUUGUAAAUGUGCUGUUCUUGGUUUUAGACACCUUUCAGAAAGAACGAAACAAAAUGUUGAGCCAAAUCCUUAGCCACUAAACACAAACCAACAUCUGUUCAUGUUCAUUCAGUAGAUGUGCAUGUGGCCAUUACUAGAGGAGGCUGUUACAUAUUCAAGCCCAUGCAUUCAUGUGUUCAUGCAUUGUACAGUGUGAAUGAAUGUUCACUUAUAAUCACCAAAACACCUGUCACAUCCGACCUUAACUGUGCUAACUAAUAACUGCUCGAAUGCUUGGAGGCAACCAUUAAACCUACCUACAGUAUCAUCACCACGUUAGUCUCAUUGCAUGCGGACAACAGCAUGUAGUUCAAAGCCCACAGGGUUGUAAAAUCUUUAAUAUGCAAGGAAAACAUCUGUCUGCUUGGCUUAUGCCUCCUGUGGACAUCAAGGUUCAGGCGCAAUUCAUAUUCAUGAAUGUGCCAAGUUAUGGUUAUUUGGUACUAAAAUGUUUCCUUUGGUCAAUGGAAAUUUGAUUUUAAGCUGUUUCUCUUCAAUAAGAAGCCAAAUUAAGCGUGUGAAACUUUAAGAUCUUCCUCUUCUUGCGACUCCCCAUGUGUCACAGCGUGUGCCAAAAAAAGAGACGCUCCACUCGCAACCCCGGUCAAAUUUCCCACAUCGUUCCUUGUAACAUGUUUUGUUUCUCGUCUCGACUGUGAUGCACUUCCCACCGUGCUGUCGUUGUUGCACUUUCACCUGCCAAACCGACGUUACAGCUUUCACUGUUACACCUGCAGUACAGUACGCAGACACGCACAGACCUUCGCUGGUAUUCUCCGCAUCCGCACGGCCAAAGCAGACGAUAGGAACGUGAAAACCUUUAGGACGAAGCUGAACCGUUCACUCUUUUGUACAAAUCCAGAAAUGCCAGUGCAUGUAGCAAAACUGCUUUGGGUCUGCUCGCACCAAUGCCACUUACAGAAUCUGUAUUUUUGGUCCUCGGAGUAUUAAAACAUAAUCCACUGCUGCUACUUUGUUAAACAUACUGUGUGAAGUACAAAGCUUCUGUUGCACAAUUGCAUGUACCACAGUAUCCAGUUUUAUAAUAUUUUGUAUUCAGUAACCUGCAGUAUACAGUAUGUAUAUAAAAGUAGCAGCAAUUUGACCUAAUAUUUAUAAUUGGCGUCCAUGUUUUGAUGGAUGUAUUGCAGUACAUUUAUUUAAAGUACAAUGUUCUUGUUCUUUUCAGUACUCACUUCUUUGCACCUCAUUCUUAGGCCCACGAUGUCUUGCAUGAAUUAUGGACUUCCAGUUAUUAAGUGAGACAGAGGGGUGAGCUGCCGGUGCUAGCUGCUGUAGAACAGGGGGGAUAUGAGAUGUGGGAACACAGCCUGCCUGUAAAAGGACGUCAUUUUGGAGAAUGUUGUAAUGUUUUAUCACCUUCUUGGGGGAAAAAAUGAGCCGAUCACGCACAACACUGUGUUCUGAGUGAAAAAUGAAUAUUGGUUGGGUUGGCGUAGCCCAGAGGUGCCUUGGACCUGUGUAAAUGAAGCAGCACUUCUUUCUAUAUAGCCUCAAAUACCAGAGGUUUGCUUUGAUUUCACUCUGUUGGGACAGAGCUACAUUUGUCAUCUCUGCCACCCGUCUAUUAUUCUGUUUUUAUCUCUGAAAAGCAGACGUAGCACUAACUUUGGUAAAAAAAAAAUAAAGCUCCAUAAUUGACACAAGGCAUGAUGGGAAUAUGAAUGAGGCGGGUAAAUGGAGGAACUAUGUGGCCGGUGGGGUGCUGAACAUGACUUUCUUGUUACUGGAGGAUUUCUUUUUGUGAACACUUUAAGACUGAGGCUCGCUUCUCUGUGGCUCCUGAAGCCUCAGCGAGCUGCACACCGCUGCAUGUGUCUCCACGACGAGACGCUUGUCUCCAGAAAGCUUUCACACGGUACCAUGUUUAUCCCAAUGACAGCAUCGCGUAGAACGUGUUGAAUUGGACUUCUUGAUAUUUCUAUUUGACACUGAGUCAAGGAAUGAGCUUGUGAUUCUUCGUGUAUUUUUCUGCUGAUGUUUAUGAACUGGACACUGGAAUACCUACUGCAUGGUGAUACUUCUAGAAGAUGCUACAGUCUUUAUAAUAAGUAUCUUUUAUAACCUUGUUAAUUUUAUAUAUUCACUUUACCUUCCGAACUGGUAUGUUUACUGAUAGCUACUGUAGGUAUCAGAGAGCUGUGCUGUAUCUUCUGUGCUGUGCGCUUGUCGGUGUGGGCUGUCCUUUCGUUGACUUUUAUUGUUUUUCAAUGCGCGUUGGUUGAAUUGGUUUCUCGGUUACACUGUGGUUAUUUUAUAGCUACAAUUGGAUUUUUUUACUUUGUAUUUAAUGUCAAUUUGUGGCAUGACUUUAAAAUAAAACCAAAAAACGUU